CAUCUCACCCGCCCGCCGAUCGCCAUGCCCACACCAUGCCGCACGUCAAGCGCGUCGCGGCUGCAACCCUGAUGUCCGAAUAUUCUGGGGUCGCCAGAGGACUGCGCGCAUGCUGAAUGUUAAAAUCGGCAGCGCGCGCUCCCAUUGCGUCCUCAGAGUCCACUUGAGCAAUACCACCUAACAACCUACUAUACUACCAUAAACGAACACGAGCCCUACGCUCCGCAUACCCACCUCGCCAAUCACCGCCCACCUGCACGCCUGAGCUGACGACGACCCCCGCGUAUCCAGGCCGCUAGACACCUUAAUAAGAAUAAGCCGCAAUGGCAAGCUGCCUGCUCCCCACAAUCCAGCUCCUGCAACCGACCACCACCAACCCCGUUCUGCGCCCCAAACUCUCCUUCCAGAACCGCAACCAACCCAAUCAUCCCGCCCAGCGACAAAGGAAGCUCUACCCCACCUCGAAACGCGGCACAAUGCGCCCCGCCCUCCUGCCCUUGCUCUCCCUGCUCGGCAUCACGAGCGCCCAGAGUACAUGGGCGCAGACGCAGCCCUUCGAGGUCGAUGGCGAGACGGACUCGCUGCUGGGCAGCAGCAGUGUGCAGGGGCUUACGAACGAGGGGGGCAGCACGCUGGGGAGCGAGGCGACGCUGAGCCAGAGUGUGGUGACGCUGACGCAGGGGAGUGGCAGUGCGAGCACGGUGUCGCUGGGGCCGGGGGCGAGCCAGACGACGCUAGGUGGGGGCAGUUCGCUGGCGCCGGUGCCGAGCAUCACGGGGCUGUUUAGUACGACGCUGCCGACGGAGUUGGGGACGGUGGUUACUGUUACGAGGUCGGCGGUGAGUGGGAGUGGGAGCGCGGGUGUCAGUGGGAGUGCGAGUACGAGUGCGGCCAGCUCGGAUCUCGGCGCGAGUGAGAGCGCAAGUGCGUCGAGCCGGAGUGUGAGCGCGGCGGCGUCCAGCUCCAGAGCGAGUUCGAGCGGCACGGGGGCUGCGGUGCAGAGUACGGCUGCUGCGGCGCCGGUGGGCGUGAAUGGGCAGCAUAAGAUGAUGGGUGUUGCUGGGGCGUUGGCUGGGGCUGCUGGGGUGUUGUUUGUUUAAACUUGGAUGUGGACAUGGAUAUGAACGCGCAAAAUGAAAGCAUACAAUUAUACGUCUUGAAUGUAUAUGUGUACAAGAGGAACCUGAAACUCAAACAAGAUAGCCAUGCCGUCCACUGCCACAAAUGGACAGCGUCUCAAACUA